AUGGAUGAUUCUACGAAAGAUCUUAAUUUAGAAUUGCUUCGUAAAAAUGUGGUUGAUGUUAAUGCAUCUGAUAGAAGACAAAGUACCCCACUUCAUUGGGCGGUACCUAAAUCUAACAAUUUAGAUAUCGUGAGAUUUUUACUUGAUAAUGGUGCUGAUGUUCAUGCAAGUAAUUAUCAGCAUUACAGACCACUUAACAUUGCGAUUCAACAUAAUAAUUUUGAAGUUGUAUUAUUACUCAUCGCAAGAGGAGCUCUAAAUGGUAGUGGUUUGAAUUCAUCUUUGAUAACGGCCAUUGAACGCAACAAUUUGAUGAUAGCUAGAAUUUUAAUUGACACUGGAAUCCGAUAUAAUGUAUCAGUUGAUUUAAGCGAUGCACUCAAUGUUGCAAUUUCUCAUAGUCAACCAGAAAUGAUGGAAAUGAUUUUACCUCAUUGCCGAUUUUUAGACUCAUCUGCCAAAUAUAUCCCGUGCCAACUUAUAACCAAAGAUAAACCGGCAAAUAAAGAAUGUGUAGAACUAUUAUUAAGAUGGAAUUUUAAAGUUGAUCCAGCCAGUAUUCAUGAUGGACAUUUUAUUUAUGGAGCCGUAGCCAAUGGUCAUUUACUAAUUGUUUUACAUCUUCUAGAGCUUGGACUUAAUGUGAAUAUGGUAAAUUUGAAUAGCGGAUUGAGUCUUUUGAAUGUGGCUUGUUUAAAAAAACACUAUGAAAUUGUUAAAAUUCUGUUGAAAUGCAAUGCUUGCAUGUACAUAACAGCACCCACCGACGAUAGAAUUUUAAAGAACUAUUACUGGGAAGAUAACCACAGGCAUUCGAUGCCAUCAUUAUGGAGAGAAGAAGAUUUAUGGGAUUAUACACAUUUGCACGUUGCUGUUAUAAAUUGUGAUCUAACAAUGGUACGAGUUGUAUUAAAUAAACCUGGAAUAAAGCUGGAUGCUUCUAAAUUUUUUAAUAUUGUCUGUAUUGCUGUACGGAAUAAUUGUGAAGAAAUAGUUCUUCUAUUUUUGAACCGUGGUAUUGAUGUGAAUAAUGUUGAUGCCAAAGGAAAAUCUUUAUUACACUUCUGUGUUGAUGCUGAUCGCAAUCAGAAAGACGCCAGAUUUAACAUAGCUAAAAUACUUUUAGAAAGAGGUGCAACUAGCCACAUUCCAACUUCAGGAAAUUUACUUCUUUUUGACGCAAUAAAUAAUGGACAUCAGAAAACAGCUCAAUUGUUGUUGUAUUAUAAUGCCAGCAUCCACUACAUCAAUCCUAUUAAUGGUGAUACUCCUCUCCAUAAAGCUAUAGAGAAUAAUUUUAAUAUAGACUGGAUGGAAGCGAAAGUAAAUGAUAAUCAAAAUAUUAGAGGUCAAACACCUUUGCAUUUAAUUUGUAAAUAUAAAACUAAUCAGACUGAGGAUAUAAUAAAUUUAUUGCUGCAAUAUAAAGCAAACAUUGAAGCUACUGAUGCAGAAGGUUGGACUCCACUUUUUGUGGCUUGCUACUCAAAUAAUUAUCCAGCAGUUAAAUGUCUUUUGAAUAACAAUGCAAAUGUCUACCAUACAGAUAAUCAAAAUCUGAAUGCUCUGUAUAUUUCUGUAAAGCAUAAUAAAUAUAAUUCUGAAGUCGUCGAUGCACUUCUAAAGCAUAAAAUUAAUAUUAAAUGUAUAGACAAACAAGGAAAAUCGAUAUUUCAUAUAAUUGCAGAAAACAAUAAUCAUGAUAUCAUCGAAAAUCUUGUUAACGGGAAAGCAAGUAUUGAUUUGUUUGACAAGAAUGGAGAUACUCCUCUUCAUACCUCUAUUAAACACUGCCAUGUUAAUGUCACUACAGAAUUAAUAAGUUAUGGUGCAGACAUAACUAUUUUGGAUAAAAAAAAUCGUUCUCCUCUUCAAAUUGCCAUGAAGUAUAUGAUAGAUGCUCAUCAAAAUUGUGAAAAUUAUCGUCUAAGUCGUGAAUUUGACGAAAGUAAUGGAGCUUUAGAGGAGGAUCCUGAAGAAAAGGGCCACAAUAUUUGGGCUUACAUAUACAUCGUCGGAUUACCGGUAAAUGACUGUGAUUUGAAAAUAGUUUACGAAUUUGAUCGCUGUGAUGAAAUUUCUCCAGAAAAUAGGGAGAAUUGUGCAAUAAAUAUAGAAGAAUUUGAAAAAGAAUGUAAGCAAGAAAUCGAGAAAAUGAAAGAAGAGAUAAUUGAUGGUCGUAUGACUUUUUAUGAUUUACUGAAGAAAAGUAUUUAUUCUUUGAGUAGAUGUGCAAGAAACAAAAAAAUUUUGCAAGCUUUGGAAGAACCAGUUUAUAAUGAUAAAUUUCCAUUAUACAGAGAGAUUUUUAGAAAUCGAUUUCGUAUGGCCAAAUUUCGACACCAAGCCACAAAUUCUGUCAGAAAGUAUUUUAAUACAAUUAAUCAUAAAACAUUGCCUGCUGAUUGCGUUGAUAUAAUAUUGGAUCAUUUAAACAUGGACGACCUAGGAAUGAUUAGGAAUGCUAUGAAGUCUUCUAGGAAAUAA